AUGGCUGCGGCGCGGCGAAACAAGCGUCUUCUGCUAUGCUUCGGAGGCGCGCUGGCGGCUUGCUGCGCGCUGGCGGCCGCCGUCUGCGCUGGACCUCCUCGCUGGCUGGACGGCUUCGUCCUGUGCAGAACCGGAGCGGAGCUCGUCAACGCCACCGGGAGCGAGCUCGACAAGUUCGUGGGGCGUCUCGCCUACGGACUCUUCCACGGAGAGAGGGUCAAGACCUGCGGCUUGGGCGGCAGGACCUCACGAUUCUCAAUCUUUUCAGAGUUGAUGGGCGCCAUCCCAGCAGGUCUCCACGUGACCAUCAUCUUCUUCUGCAGCGCAUUGAUCGUCUUCUCGUCCGUGUCAAGCGGCUUCUUCUUCUUCAACGCCUUUGGACGUCCUUACGAGACGCUGCACGGCCCUCUGGGACUUUACUUGUGGACGUCCAUCUGCUGUGUGUGCAGCUUCCUGGUUGUGGUUCUGUUCGCGUCCGAGGUGAAGAUUGAGCGUCUGUCGGAGCGCAUCGCCAACUUCGAGGAAGUGACCUUCGUGUUCCAGACGCACGGCGAGCGCUUUGACGUCUGCUUCUGGAGCCUCCUCGUCGUCUUCUUCCUGCACGCGCUCAACGUGGCGGUGAUUCGACUGGCGGGGAUGAAUUUCCCCAUGUUGUGGGGGAAAAACUCGGACCAGAGUGGUGGCGCCGCCGACCUCAUGUACUGAAUCGAAAUAUAUUUCUUCACAUGGCACAGCUAGCUACUGAGCAACACCGUGAGUCAAAAAAAGGGUUUUCAAAUCGGUAUAACCCCAUUGAGACUAACUGAAUGCCAUAAAUCAAUCGAAGCCCGUAAAUAACCUUUUUUGGGUCUUGUUUUUAACAAAGAACAAUCGCACUCUAUUGUAUGAAACCAUUUAAAGAAAACAAUUGUGCUAUGGUGUUGAAUGUUUGCCUUUAAGGGGAGUGGCCUAGUGAGGGACAUCGGGAAGGCGCUGCUUAGUCUUCAUUUAAGUUUCUGAACGUGCAUUUUGGGCAUAAUGUAGCUCUUUGCUAGUGUUUUCAUUUUAUAUUUGUAUUUGUUAAUAAAUGGCUGAAAUUGCA